GGACCUGCAUAUCACACCGUGACAACAUGGCGCUGGGAAGGUGGUUCUUGUGUUGCUUCUUGUUCGGGAUUUUCGUUGAGACAUUCGCUGUAGAAACUGAAACAUAUUACCUGGACGAGAUAUGCGGCAAUACAAUCGAUAUGCAAGCCCUUGGCAUCCAAUCUGGUCGGUUGCUUCUCAGACGCCCGGAAAUAGGCCUCAUCAAUUUCAACUGUGUUAUAUUCAUCCGCGCACCUGAUCCACGGCGGCUGAUCAUUAAAGUUACCGGAUUGGACAUCGUGGCCCCGUUUGGAUGCGCCAGGGACUACAUCCAGUUUUUCGACGGAGCGACUUCAGCCAAUCCUCUCAGUAAUGCUAUAUGUGGCUACACCACUCCAGACGUCGCCUUCAUCACCACGCAACCAUCAGCGUCCAUGGUGUUCGCCAAGAAGCUGGACUACAUGAAUGACCAGUUUGAGGUCGUCUUCACAGCCUACAAGAAAGGACCCUGUGACCCCGGUGAAUACAACUGCCACAACGGGCUCUGUAUCGCCGACCACCUCUACUGCGAUGGCUUCGACAACUGCGGGGACGGCUCCGACUUGUGCCUCAUCAGCAUUGGAGGCAUCGUCGGCAUAGCCAUUGCUGUUGCCAUCAUCCUCAUUCUAGUUGCCCUCGUUGUCGCACUACUCGUACAACGACGACGAAGACAGAAGCUUGAAAAGUGGCAUCGUUUACACAAUACCUACUCCUUCAACGGAUCCAGUACGAUGUCGCUUCCUCGCAGCAGGCUGGAUUACAGCUUGCCUAGAAGUAUCAAGAGCUUCCGGGAGGUAAGUCUGUCCGGUAGCGGGAAGGAUUACGAUGUUCCGGUCAGUCAGGAGGACCUCUAUGCCAGCAUCAUGAAGGACAAGGAGCACCACAAGCUGCACAUACUGAAUGCUUCAUCUCUCCCCAGAGACACUCACUCCUUGGCAACUGGCUCAUUUGGCCACGUGGUUAGUUUCCGUUGCUACCCUGCCCCAGUGCCAAGAAUGGACGAGGAGUUCCACCGCGCCACUCCUCAGCCAGAUGUAUUAUCUCAUGGUUUCUUUUUUGGCAAUUCUGGAGAUAAUGAUUCGACAGAUCUAAAAUCAGCGGGAGAGGGCAAAACCAUCAGUCGACAUCAUUCCUCAAGGUCAACCCACUCCAGUGUUCCAAAGAACCCCCUUCAAAGGAACCAUCAGGUGAUGACCGAGAUUCCCUCUCACUACGCGAACAAGCUGGGUCACACAGCGGGUCAGACAGAAGAACAGAUGGUCGAGCUGGACAUGAGGAUGGACGGACUGAAGGAUGGACGUGACAUCUACUUUCACAAUGACACAACUGCCCUUAAAACAGACAGAGGUGCUCGUGGAAGCUUCGAUCUCGUCAGGUUGUAGGUUUAUGUCCUGUGUAUGAUGUAUCAGCCGAUAAUCCAUUGCAACAAAUACAAUACCCUGCCGGGCAAACAAUGUAUACACUUGGAUUUAACUAAACAAUUACAAACAUUAUCAAAGCGUUACCAGACUGACAAAUUCGCAGGAAUAC